AUGUCGUUAAACCAAUCAAUCGGUGGUACUCCAGCUGGAGACAUUCCUGCAAAUGAGAGUCCCAUAAGUCAACAUUCACCAAUGGGCAGGGUGACAUUUUUGAAAUUGAAGACACAGGCCAUGUUUAAGCGCCUUGAAUGCAUAAGUGUUGAUAUGGACUCGGAGCGGUUGCAAAGCAUGGAUGAAUAUGCUUUAGCAGCAAUAAUUGACUCAGUUAACGAAUUGAAAUCUAACUUCUUAGCUGCACACACAAGUUUGGAAGAGCAUGAUUUUGAAUCCAUUGGAAGUGAUUUACUUAUCCAAUUUGAUACGAAUUUGGUUCAGUUGAAGGCUACUUUACAACGUGAAAUUGGAAAGCGUAGCUCUUCUCAACAUUGUUCCACAUUCAAGAUGAACAGCAAUGAAUUCCAGCCUAUUAUAGUGAAUACUAAUCGUUCACGUUUGCCUCAAUUAACGUUGCCUAAAUUCAGUGGAUCCUAUAUAGAGUGGACAAAUUUCUAUUCGAUGUUCACAUCAGUCAUCGAUAAGGAUAGCGACCUAAACGAUGUGGACAAAUUGCAACAUUUGCGUUCCUGUUUGAGUGGUGCUGCUCUUGACACCAUACGAUCGUUGGAAAUAAAUGAGGCUAAUUAUAAAAUCGCAUUAGAUCUUCUCAUUAAACGAUUUGAUAAUAAACGUCUUAUUUUUCAGGCACAUAUCAGGGAGAUUUUCGGGAUGGACAAAGCAGAUGGUAACGUCGGCAAGCUGCGAGCGUUGACUGACAAGGUCAAUUCGCAUAUAUGUGCGUUGCAGUCACUUGGUUCAAAAGAGCAAAUAGCGGAUUGCAUAGUGGUACAAUUCUUAACACAAAAGUUGGACAAAGUAACUCAAGCAAAAUGGGAAGAAAGUUGGUCAAUAAACGAGUUACCAUCGUGGGAAUCAUUAGCUGCAUUUUUAGAACAUCGAUGUCGUACCCUCGAGAACGUAGAGCAUGCAUUACAAACACAAGCUGAAACAUUCGGUAAACCCGGAAAAACCGUGAGUACACAUCAAAGGAAAACCUUUGUUGCUUCAAAUAGCCCACUAGGUGUUUGUGUAUUUUGUGAAAAUGCUGAACAUUUAAUUUAUAAUUGCCAACGGUUUUUAAAUCUUUCGCCUAACAUUCGCCAGAAAGAAGUUAAGAAACUUUUACUAUGUCUAAACUGUUUAAAGAAAGGCCAUCAGAUGCGAGAUUGCAAAUCUAGUUCUUGUCGAAAAUGUCAUUCAAAGCAUCACACGCUUUUACAUUUUAAUCGUUUACCAUCAGCUAAUGGUCACGAAUUACCAUUAAUACCAAACUCUGUCCAAGCUAAUGCCAUGACUGCAACGCUGCCCACGCUGCCUGACAUCUCUGCUUCCCGAUCUCCAUCUGAUGUUGUGCUCUUAGCUACUGCAAUCGUUUUAGUAAAGAAUCGUGCCGGAACUUUCGUUCCUUGUCGUUCACUUUUGGACUCUGGCUCACAGAUUCACUUCGUCACAAGUCGCUUCGCAAACCAACUUCAACUGCAUAAAUCUAAAUCUUUCGCUUCGGUUUCUGGAAUUGGAGAUGCAAAUUUUCCUACAGAUGGAUACUCAGUCAAUCUCGUACUAAAGUCGCGGACUUCAGAUUACUCAACAAACAUUACUGCUCUUGUCGCUCAAACGAUCACUGAUAAUCAACCUGGAACUUCAGUCAUGACCGAUGAUUGGAAUGUUCCUUCGAAUAUUCAACUAGCUGAUCCUGCUUUCAAUAUACCACAGCGCAUUGAUAUGCUCAUCGGAGCAGGACUUUUCUUCGAACUCAUUUGUGUAGGGCAGAUAAAGUUGGCACCUGGGUUGCCCAUUCUUCAAAAAACUCGACUGGGAUGGGUUUUAUCUGGAGGUUGGCAGCAAACCCCUCAACUAUCAACAUUUAUUGUAAGCCAGAGAUCAUCUAUUGGAAUUGAUAAAGAUAUCCAGUUAGACAAAUUAGUUCGCCGCUUUUGGGAAAUCGAACAUGUUCAUGAACCAAUCACCAAAACUUCUAAAGAAGACCUCGAGUGUGAGGAACAUUUCAAAAAUAAUUACUCACGUCUAUCAUCGGGCGAGUAUUCGGUUAGCUUACCCAUUAAGCGCAGCUUAGACUCACUUGGAGAUUCAUAUUUAACUGCUAGACGCAGAUUCGAGAAUAUUGAACGCAAACUUAGUAGAAAUCCUAAUUUAAAGGCGAAAUAUAGCUCAUUCAUGAAGGAAUAUGAGCACCUUGGGCAUAUGUCAUUAGUCUCUGAAAGAAUGAUUUCCAAGUGCAGGUACUUUCUACCUCAUCAUUGCGUUAUUAAGGAUGAUAGUACGUCAACGAAGUUGCGAGUUGUUUUUGACGGUUCUGCGGCCACAACUUCAGGGUUAUCACUAAAUGACAUACUCAUGACUGGCCCUACCAUUCAACCUAAACUUUUCAACAUUCUUGUUCGUUUUCGUACCUUUCCAAUUGCACUCACUGGGGACAUUUGCAAAAUGUAUCGAUGUGUUCGCGUAACACCUCCAGAUAAUAUGCUUCAGUGCAUACUUUGGCGAGAUUCUCCAGAAGAAAAAUUACGUAUAUACAAGUUAAGCACAGUCACAUACGGCACCAAGCCUGCUGCGUUCUUGGCUAUACGUACUAUGCAUCAGCUAGCAUUAGAUGAAUCCUCAUCUUAUCCGCUUGGUUCAGAAAUCGUUUUUCGAGAUUUCUAUGUAGAUGAUCUUAUCUCCGGAGGAAGUUCAAUAGAGGAAGUACAAAAAAUCAGGCAACAAACUACAAACCUACUUUCUAAAGGUCAUUUUCAGUUAAGAAAGUGGUGCUCUAACAACUCAGAUGUUCUCAGCGAAAUUCCUGUCGCUGAUAGAGAAAGUUUCCUUAGUUUCGAUGAAUCCAGCGAUAUUGUCAAAACUCUCGGACUUGUUUGGAAUCCAUCGAAGGACGUCUUUUUGUUCAAAUACAAGCCUCAGCAAACAUUGGAAAAAUGUUCCAAGCGUUCCGUAUUGUCUACCAUAGCACGUUUCUACGACCCAUUAGGUCUGAUUGGUCCCACACUUACUAGAGCUAAAAUUCUGUUGCAAAGGAUGUGGAGAGACAAGCUCGAUUGGGAUGAAAGUUUACCACUUUCCAUAUGCACAGCAUGGUAA